AGUCGGGCGGCGGGGCAGCGGCUGUCCUCCGAGGGAUGUGGCCUAGCGCCGAGGUCCCGAGGGCGGAGCCCGGGCCGGAGGCCGGCCCGCAUGGGGGUGGGGCUCGGCGCAGCUCGGAGUUUUGCGGGUCGGCGGCGCCUACCCCUGCAGUGACCAGGGAGCGGCCGAGCCUCGGUGACCUGGGACGAAGCUCCGAGAUCCCAGUAUCCGGCUCGUCGAACGAGGUGGCCAGGCGGCUCGGGACCAUGGCCAGAGCCGGCAUGGAGCGGUGGCGCGACCGCCUGGCCCUGGUGACGGGAGCCUCGGGGGGCAUCGGCGCGGCCGUAGCCCGGGCAUUAGUUCAGCAGGGACUGAAGGUGGUGGGUUGUGCCCGCACCGUUGGCAACAUCGAGGAGCUGGCUGCUGAAUGUAAGAGUGCAGGCUACCCCGGGACUUUGAUCCCCUACAGAUGUGACCUGUCAAAUGAGGAGGACAUCAUCUCCAUGUUCUCGGCUGUUCGCUCGCAGCACAGUGGCGUGGACAUCUGCAUUAACAAUGCCGGCAUGGCCCGGCCUGACACCCUGCUCUCAGGCAGCACCAGCGGUUGGAAGGAAAUGUUCAAUGUAAACGUGCUGGCUCUCAGCAUCUGCACUCGGGAAGCCUAUCAGUCCAUGAAGGAGCGGAAUGUGGACGACGGGCACAUUAUUAACAUCAACAGCAUGUGUGGCCACCGAGUCCCACCCCAGUCUGUGAUCCAUUUCUAUAGUGCGACCAAGUAUGCCGUCACUGCGCUGACAGAGGGACUGAGGCAAGAGCUUCUGGAGGCCCAGACCCAUAUCCGGGCCACGUGCAUCUCUCCAGGCUUGGUGGAAACACAGUUCGCCUUCAAACUCCAUGACAAGGAUCCUGAGAAAGCAGCUGCCACCUAUGAGCGCAUAAAGUGUCUCAAACCUGAGGAUGUGGCUGAGGCUGUUCUCUACGUCCUCAGCACUCCCCCACACAUCCAGGUUGGAGACAUCCAGAUGAGGCCCACAGAGCAGGUGACCUAGUGUCCUAUGGGAAGCUCCUCCUUCCCUCCCCACUUUGGAGCUUGCCUUCUGCCUCUGCCUCUGCCUCUGGAUUUUAGGUGUUGACUUCUGGACCCUGGAUCUUUUUGUUUCCACCCCACUAAGGGAUAGAAAACUUGUCAAAUUAUUCCUAUUGCAAAUGUGAAAAAACAGGCUGGGGGGAGAUGGCAAGUUGUCAUGGUUUAAAUCUGUUAACUUGUUCUGAACUCCCUCUUGGGCUCCUUAGUCUUUGCUUUCCUCAGUCUCUUCGUUUUGACCUUGGGAAAGGGAAUGUGGCCGAAAGGGGUAUUUUUCCAUCUUCUUGCACCCUACUUGCCACCCUACAGAGUUGGGAUAGCAGAGACAGGCCCUCAUCUCCUAUCCGAAUGGUUAUCCAGGGUUCCAGGCUCCCUUCUCUUCCUUUCUACUUCUCCAGCCCAUUCUUGGCUCUUGCCCUAGGGGUCAUCACUGCACUCUGACUAUGGCUGCAGAAUAUCAGAGUCUGUGUCCUAGUACAUUGCACUCUAAUAAAAAGGAAGAUCGCAAUCAACCUA